AUGGCGGACCAGGACUUUGAGAAGACCCAGGAGGCUGUGGCCGGAGGCAGCCCCACCGCCAACGAGAAGAACACGGCCGAAGCGCACCCGGCUCCGCGAUCCUCGACCUCGACCGCCGCCGACAGUUCUGAGCACCAACGAGAGGAGGCCCGCCGCAACAACCCCGAUGGCUUCACCGCAAUCCACGCCGGUGUCUCGGUGCACCAGGCCGAGGCUGAGUUCGCCGAGCUGCAGCGCGAGCUGUCUGGCGUGUCGCGAGUAAGCAGGGUGAACAGUCGAGGUAGCCGAAACAAGUCCGAAGAUGUCGAGAAAGCCGUUGCAAACGUCAAUUCGGCCUCGCCCUCAUCCGAUACCGAGGGUGAGCAGUUCGACCUCGAGGCUGUCCUGCGUGGUGGCGUCGAGGCCGAGCGUGAGGCCGGCAUCAGACCGAAGCACAUUGGUGUCUACUGGGAUGGACUCACGGUCAAGGGUAUGGGCGGCACCACCAACUACGUCCAGACCUUCCCCGAUGCUUUUAUCAACUUUGUCGACUACGUCACUCCGGUCAUGAACAUGCUGGGACUGAACAACAAGGGCGUCGAGGCUACGCUGUUGGACAACUUCAAGGGUGUUUGCAAGCCCGGCGAGAUGGUGCUAGUUCUGGGUAAGCCUGGCUCCGGCUGCAGUACUUUCCUCAAGACCAUUGCCAACUGGCGCGGCGGGUACACCAGCGUGACUGGCGAGGUGCUUUACGGACCCUUUACCGCCGAGGAGUUCAAGCAGUACCGCGGUGAGGCUGUCUACAACCAGGAGGAUGACAUCCACCACUCCACCCUCACGGUUGAGCAGACCCUGGGCUUUGCCCUCGACACCAAGGUCCCCGCGAAGCGCCCUGCCGGCCUGUCCAAGAACGAAUUCAAGAAGCAGGUCAUUUCCACCCUCUUGAAGAUGUUCAACAUCGAGCACACCCGCAACACGGUCGUUGGUGACGCUUUCGUGCGCGGUGUUUCCGGCGGUGAGCGCAAGCGUGUCUCCAUUGCAGAGAUGAUGAUCAGCAACGCCUGCGUUCUCUCCUGGGACAACAGUACUCGCGGUCUGGAUGCCAGUACGGCUCUCGACUUCGUCAAGUCCCUGCGUGUUCAGACGAACCUGUACCGAACCACCACCUUCGUGUCCCUCUACCAGGCCUCCGAGAACAUCUACAACCACUUCGACAAGGUCAUGGUUAUUGAUGCCGGAAAGCAGGUCUACCUGGGCCCCACCAAGGAGGCCCGCGCCUACUUUGAGGGCCUUGGCUUCGCGCCUCGCCCCAGACAGACCACCCCUGACUACGUUACCGGAUGCACCGACGAGUUCGAGCGAGAGUAUGCUGCCGGUCGCUCGCCCGAGAACGCGCCCCACAGUCCCGAGACCCUCGCUGAGGCCUUCCAGACAUCCAAGUUCAAGAAGCAGCUUGACAGCGAGAUGGAGGAGUACAAGGCUCGUCUCGCGCAGGAGACGGAGAAGCACGAGGACUUCCGAGUCGCCGUCAAUGAGGCCAAGCGUGGCUCGUCGAAGAAGUCCGUCUACGCCGUUGGCUUCCACCUGCAGGUGUGGGCGCUGAUGAAGCGUCAGUUCGUCCUCAAGCUGCAGGACCGCCUCUCCUUGUUCCUCUCUUGGGUUCGCUCCAUCGUCAUCGCCAUCGUCCUCGGUACCCUGUUCUUCCGUCUCGGUUCGACUUCCGCCAGCGCUUUCAGCAAGGGUGGUCUCAUGUUCAUCUCGCUCUUGUUCAACGCCUUCCAGGCCUUCUCGGAACUGGCAGGUACCAUGACCGGUCGUGCCAUUGUCAACAAACACAAAGCGUACGCCUUCCACCGACCUUCGGCGCUAUGGAUUGCCCAGAUCAUCGUCGAUCAGGCCUUUGCUGCGACUCAGAUCUUGGUCUUCUCGAUCAUUGUCUACUUCAUGUCGGGUCUCGUCCGCGAGGCGGGGGCUUUCUUUACGUUUUACCUCAUGAUCUUGUCCGGAAACAUCGCCAUGACCCUGUUCUUCCGUAUCAUCGGUUGUAUCAGUCCCGACUUCGACUACGCCAUCAAGUUCGCUGUCGUUUUGAUCACUUUCUUCGUUGUCACAUCUGGCUACCUCAUUCAGUACCAGUCUGAGCACAAGUGGAUUCGAUGGAUCUACUGGGUCAACGCGCUUGGUCUCGCCUUCAGCGCCAUGAUGGAGAACGAGUUUAGCCGCCUCAAGCUCACCUGCACUGACGACUCGCUCAUCCCCUCGGGCCCCGGCUACGGCGACAUCAACCACCAGGUUUGCACCCUUGCGGGCUCCCAGCCCGGAACCACCCUCGUCGACGGCUCGGCCUACAUUGCAGCUGGGUUCAACUACUUCAAGGGCGACCUGUGGCGCAACUGGGGCAUCAUCUUCGCCCUCAUCGUCUUCUUCCUCAUCAUGAACGUCACUCUCGGAGAACUCAUCAACUUCGGCAACAACGGUAACUCGGCCAAGGUCUACCAGAAGCCCAACGAGGAGCGCAAGAGGCUCAACGAGGCUCUCAUCGAGAAGCGAGCAGGCAAGCGCCGCGGCGACAAGCAGGAGGGUUCCGACCUCAGCAUCAAGUCGGAAGCCGUCCUGACCUGGGAGAACCUCAACUACGAUGUCCCCGUUCCUGGUGGAACCCGUCGUCUCCUCAACAACGUCUUUGGAUACGUCAAGCCCGGCCAGCUCACAGCAUUGAUGGGCGCUUCCGGUGCAGGCAAGACCACCCUUCUCGACGUGCUUGCGGCCCGCAAGAACAUUGGUGUUAUCCACGGUGAUGUCCUCGUUGACGGCAUCAAGCCCGGAAAGCAGUUCCAGCGAAGCACCUCGUACGCCGAGCAGCUCGAUCUUCAUGACCCGACCCAGACCGUCCGCGAGGCCCUCCGAUUCUCCGCCCUCCUCCGCCAGCCCUACGAGACCCCUAUCCCUGAGCGAUUCUCGUACGUCGAGGAGAUCAUCGCCCUGCUUGAGAUGGAGCACAUUGCCGACUGCAUUAUUGGAUCGCCCGAGUUCGGCCUGACGGUCGAGCAGCGCAAGCGUGUCACCAUUGGUGUCGAGCUGGCCGCCAAGCCCGAGCUCCUCCUCUUCCUCGACGAGCCCACCUCCGGUCUGGACAGCCAGAGCGCCUUCAACAUUGUGCGCUUCCUUAGGAAGCUGGCCGCCGCCGGACAGGCCAUUCUCUGCACGAUCCACCAGCCCAACGCCGCCCUGUUUGAGAACUUUGACCGUCUCCUGCUGCUCCAGAGGGGUGGACGCACCGUCUACUUUGGCGACAUUGGCCAGGACGCCGUCGUCCUGCGCGACUACCUGAAGCGCCACGGCGCCGUCGCUAAGCCCACCGACAACGUCGCCGAGUACAUGCUCGAGGCCAUCGGCGCCGGCUCCGCGCCCCGCGUCGGAAACAAGGACUGGGCCGACAUUUGGGACGACAGCGCCGAACUUGCCAACGUCAAGGACACCAUCAGCCAGCUGAAGGAGCAGCGCAUCGCCGCGGGCCGAACCACAAACCACGACCUCGAGAAGGAGUACGCUAGCCCGCAGUGGCACCAGCUCAAGGUGGUCGUGAAGCGCAUGAACCUCAGCUUCUGGCGCAGCCCCAACUACCUCUUCACCCGUCUCUUUAACCACGUCGUUGUCGCCCUCAUCACCGGUCUCACCUACCUCAACCUCGACGGGAGCCGCAGCUCGCUGCAGUACAAGGUCUUCGUCAUGUUCCAGGUCACCGUCCUGCCGGCCCUCAUCAUCAGCCAGGUCGAGGUCAUGUUCCACAUCAAGCGCGCCCUCUUCUUCCGCGAGGCGUCGUCCAAGAUGUACAACCCGCUGACCUUUGCCGCCGCCAUCACCAUCGCCGAGCUGCCGUACUCCAUCAUGUGCGCCGUCGCCUUCUUCCUGCCCCUGUACUACAUGCCGGGCUUCCAGUCCGACUCGUCCCGCGCGGGCUACCAGUUCUUCAUGGUCCUCAUCACCGAGCUCUUCUCCGUCUCCCUCGGACAGGCUCUCGCCUCCCUGACGCCCAGCCCCUUCAUCUCGUCGCAGUUCGAUCCCUUCAUCAUGAUCACCUUUGCCCUCUUCUGCGGUGUCACUAUCCCCGCCCCGCAGAUGCCCGGCUUCUGGCGCGCCUGGCUCUACCAGCUCGACCCCUUCACGCGCCUCAUCGGCGGCAUGGUCGUCACGGCGCUGCACGAUCUCAAGGUCGCCUGCACCAAGUCCGAGUUCAACCCCUUCACGGCGCCGCAGGGCCAGACGUGCGGCGACUACAUGCAGCCCUUCUUCGACAACGGCGGGCCCGGAUACCUCGCCAACAACGACACGUCAAGCUGCGAGUACUGCGCGUACAAGGUGGGCGACGAGUUCUACCAGCCUCUGGGCCUGGACUUUAGUCACCGCUGGAGGGACCUUGGUAUCUUUGCGGCGUUUGUCGGUAGCAACGUCAUCAUCCUCUUCAUGGCUAGCAAGUUCUUGAACUUCAACCGCAGAUAA